AUGACGAGGAGUAAGAAGGCUUCUAAAGAUGAAAAAGUUAUACCACCAGGAAAGCCAACUGAAGAGAAAAAUAAAAAGGAUACUAAACCUAGGAUUAAGUUACCAUAUCCUCUGAGAGCAACAAAGAAGGAACCUAGAGAGACAAACUUUGAGAAAUUCAUGACAAUGUUCAAGAAGAUAGAGAGUCACAUGCCUUUUCUUGAAGCACUUGAGAACAUGCCCAUGUACACAAAAUUCAUGGAAGAGGUAAUCGCCGAAAAGAGACCAACAAGAGAGGGAUCGGUAGCCUUGAAGGAAAAAUGUAGUGCAAUAUCACGAGGUAAGAGAAUUCCAAACAAACAGAAGGAUCCUGGAGCAGUCACAGUCUCAUGCACUAUAAAAGAGAUAACUUUCAAAAAGGUACCCAUUGUUUAUGGAGCUAGUGUGAGUCUGAUGCCAUUAUCAAUCUACCAUAGGCUGAGUAUUGAAAAUGUCAGUGAUACAAGAACAAAUCUGAAGUUUGUAGAUCACUCGAUAAAAAAUGCAUAUGGGAUAGCAGAAGACGUGAUGGUGACAAUAAGGGAAUUGAGUUUUCCUGUUGAUUUUGUGAUCAUAAACAUACCUGAAGAUGAAGAGACACCUAUCAUUCUUGGUUGA